ACAAUGGCAGAUCUCACUCAUUCUACUCACGCCAGGAAGCAAGAAUGAGGGCUGCCGCGCUCCUGUUCAUCUCUGCCACCGUGGCUGCAGCAGCGGCCAUGCCUCCGCCUGGCCCGGGCUCUUUCGCGGGUUCCUUCCUGCCUUCGCCGGGUGUCCUGCAGUCCUUCAUCCCGACGCCCGAGCAGAUCCAGGCCCUGCAGGCGAUUCCUCCAGCCCCCGCCCCUGCCCCUGGGACUGCGGCAAAACCUCCACCUCCUUCCGCUGUGUCAGACAUCAUUAAGAAAUACCAGGACACCGCUGCUGCUUUCAUGCCAGCUGCUCCCUGAUCCUCUGUCCAGAGUUCACUUUUCCAGCUGUUAUUGAAGUGUUAAAGAUUAUGAACUUCAGUAGAAGACAUAUAAUUGUAUAUGUAUAUUUUUUUCCUCGUGAGAUGUAAUCUGGAAGAUGUUUCACUUUGUCGGAAAUAAGCGCUGACUACUUUCAUGUUAUCAGCUGUUGUUUUAAGGGCUGCUAUUAUAAUCGGCUGUUGGUAUUAUCAGCUUUUGUUCUCAUUAGCGUUCAUAAUAACAGUUAUUGUUAUCAUUAACUUUUGCCAUUAACAAUUGUUGACGUUAUCGGCUGUUACCAAAGAAAUCACAAAUGUGCUCUCUUAUAUAGAAUAAGUAAACAUUUGCUGAAGCUGAAUGUAUUUUGCACCCAAUGUAAACGCAUGCUCUUUGCCACAAGGACGAUGAAUGUGAAAGUACAUUUAUGUGUACAUUU